AGAAUAAGGACACUGGACAACUGCUGGAAGUGCGAGAAAGUUGUACGCUGAAUACGAAAGUGGAUUACCGUGCUAGCAAUGACACGUCGUAAGCACAUCUACCAGCUCCUGCUGGUACUGCUGGGAGUUCUGGCAAGUGCGCAGGAUGCUUCCGAAGAACAACCAACGGCAUCCCCACAGGUGGCGACACUUGGCGGAAGCGGCAGCAGCACCGGCACAGGAAGUUGUAGCUUUCCGGGCGCCCCGGCUCACAGUACCGUCCAGUUUACGGACGAGUCGCUGCCAAAUGGAGCGGUAGCGUCCUACUCGUGCGAACGAGGCUUCGAACUGCUCGGACCAGCGCGGCGAGUCUGCGACAAUGGCCAGUGGGUACCGGAGGGUAUCCCCUUCUGCGUGCUCAACGUGGCCGCCGGAAAGGCCCCGAUGCAGAUUUCCACCGAUGCGGCCGGCAUCCCGCAGAAGGCCAUCGACGGUUCGACGUCGGCGUUCUUUUCGCCCGAAACCUGCUCCCUGACGAAACCGGAACGGGUCCCGUGGUGGUACGUCAACCUGCUGGAACCGUACAUGGUGCAGCUGGUCCGGUUGGACUUUGGCAAAUCCUGCUGCGGUAAUGGAAAACCGGCGACGAUCGUCGUUCGGGUGGGCAACAACCGUCCGGACUUGGGUACCAAUCCGAUUUGCAAUCGCUUCACCGGUAGCCUGGAGGAAGGACAGCCCCUGUUCCUGCCGUGCAAUCCACCGAUGCCGGGAGCAUUCGUCUCGGUUCACCUGGAGACGAACGUCCCGAGUCAGCUGUCGAUCUGCGAAGCGUUCGUCUAUACGGAUCAAGCGUUGCCCAUCGAGCGGUGUCCAGCGUUCCGAGAUAUGCCGCCGGGUGCAUCGGCAUCGUACAAUGGAAAGUGCUACAUCUUCUACAGCCGGCAACCGGCCACGUUGAGGGAUGCGCUGGCAUUCUGCAGAUCCCGCGGAGGUACACUGAUCAACGAGAGCAAUCCGGCACUGCAGGGAUUCAUCAGCUGGGAACUGUGGCGCAGGCACAGGAGUGAUACCUCGUCGCAGUACUGGAUGGGAGCGGUAAGAGAUACCCAGGAUCGCAACAGCUGGAAGUGGAUCGGCGGAGACGAUGUGUCUGUUUCGUUCUGGAAUCUGCCCGGAGGCGAUGAGGAUUGCGCCAGGUACGACGGCUCCAAGGGAUGGCUGUGGAGCGAUACCAACUGUAAUACGCAGCUGAAUUUCAUCUGUCAACAUCAACCCAAGGCUUGCGGGCGUCCGGAACAGCCACCAAACUCGACAAUGGUUGCCCCGAAGGGCUUCGACGUGGGUGCCGUCGUGGAGUACAACUGCGAUGAAGGACAUCUGCUAGUAGGACCCUCGCAGAGAACUUGCCUGGAAACUGGUUUCUACAACGAAUUCCCUCCCGUUUGUAAAUAUAUUGAGUGUGGUCUACCGGCUGCGAUUCCACAUGGACACUACCACCUGGUGAACGGAUCCGUCGGUUAUCUUAGCUCGGUUCAAUACAAGUGUAACGAGGGAUACGAAAUGGUGGGACGAGCUUUACUGACAUGCGACAUUGACGAACGCUGGAAUGGACCACCACCUCAUUGCGAAGUGAUCGAAUGUGAAUCGCUGCCGACGUUGUUCCCGAAUGGAGUUAUCGUGGCUCCAAAUGGUACAGUUUACGGUUCCCGAGCGGAAGUUGACUGCAACCGUGGAUACAUACCGGAGACCGUAGAUACGGAGAUUGUUUGCACAGCUACCGGACAGUGGAGUAAUUUGCUGCCGAAGUGCGUUGAAGACCCGGCAAGCAGAACGUCAACGGCUGCUCCUACCACGACUCGCGCACCGAUUGUGAUCGUAUCGACAACUACAGUUCCAGUUACUCAGAAGCGUCCACAGACGAGAAAGCCCUCUAGGCCAGCUAUUCGGUUUACAACGACUUCGUCGACGACCCAAUCGCCACUGUUUAGCAUCGAGAUCGACGACGGUAACGAUAGCGAUGGCUUAGACGGGUUCUACGUCGGUACUAACGAGGAUUACUCUCUCCCACCUCUAGAAGUCCGUCCGGGCCUAGCGCACGAGGAAGGACCCUCGCGUAAACCGUACCGCCCCGGUCAGAACACAAUACCAAAGAUUCCAACCGUCCAGCACGUGCCUCCGAAACGGCCGUCAUACUACGAACCACCAACUACUACCACUACUACCACAACAACAACCACUACCACUACACAAACACCACCACCACCACCACAAACACGACCUACCACUACCAGUACACGGCAGACUACCACUUCGCGUUCCCCGCAGGACAUUAUCCUGUCGCAGCACCCACAAGACAACGAAAUAGCCGGCUCCGUCAACAUCCGGCAGGAUCAAUCACCGAAGGUGAACGUACCAUUCGCCGUCGAUAACUCCGACGGCGAGGGUACCGGCGGAGUCUACGGCGGCGUCGGAGGCAACUCGAACCUUGGCUCCGGUUCCGGUGAACGGAAGGAAGCCAAGAAUGCCCGCCUCAACCUGGGAGCCAUCGUGGCGCUCGGCGCCUUCGGUGGAUUCGUAUUCCUAGCGGCCGUCAUUACCACCAUUGUGAUCGUAGUGCGAAGAGAGACCAACAAGCGCUUCCAUACUUCCAGAAACCGCCAGGCGAACCAGCACUACCGCCACCGGGCCUCCCCCGACUGCAACACGGUCGCCUCGUUCUCCAGCUCCAGUUCCGAGUCACGAAAUGGCCUCAACCGGUACUACCGCCAGGCGUGGGAAAACCUGCACGAGUCCGCCUCCAAGGGCCACAACAGCAACCACAGCAGCGGCCUGAAGCGGAAGGAGACGAUGGACGCACCACCGCCAAGUCGGUCCCGUUCCCGGGAAAACCUGGGCGGGAGCCGAUCGCGUGAUCUGGAUAGAUUUUUUAUCGACAGAUCCCGGGAGAACCUGUCGUCCAACCGCAGCCGGGACUAUCCCCGGGACAGCAUGGCCGUGCGGGACGGCUCCGAAAUGGUCGUCUCCGAUGUGUGCGUCAAGGGCGAGAAGAAACGCCACCACCAUCACCACCACAAGAGCAGCCACCGAGGAGGCGGAGGCGGAGGAGGCGGAGGAGCAGGAGGAGCCGAACGCGGCGAAGGCCAAGGAGCGGAACGAAGCCGCAGCAGCCACCGGGACAGCAAUGGAGACUUCCGGGAACCAAACAUCAUGGGCAGCGGCAAUGGAAACGGACGCCGCGGAGACCACCGUCACUAUUGACACCAUCGAAUGGUAAUCACUAUCAAAAUAGAGGGACAAAAGGACGGCACCGAGGCUCUGAUGAGCCCGCUGUGGGAGUGACCACCCAAAAAAAUUUGCUCUUCUUACUUUGGUUGACUUUUCUCAACUAACCUCACUUUUCCCGCUGUCAUUUUCUGUUUCGUUGUAUGUAUUUAUUUAUUAUUCGAUAGUUUCACUAGUUGAUAGGAAUUUUCUCACAUCUUCAAAAAAAAAACCGGAACUAAAUCCAAAACCUCAUUUAACCAGACGCACUUUAGCAGUUAGGCCAUUGAUAGUCAAGACACAAACCCGUUCUAGCCUUAUCUUUCGUUUGACAGUUUUGCACAACCCCCUUGACGACGUAAUACACUGAAAGAAAUUUUCUUCUCAUUUUGAUUGUGAUUUACCAGGCGAUAUUAGAAUAAUAUCUUCCCACCCCGUGAUCCCCCCCCU